AUGUUUAUAACUGAAGAAGAUACUGAGCCAGUUAAAUGUUUGGAAGUAGCUCAUCCGGCGAGAGUUGAUGUUGAACUGGAAGUUGCCCUUCUUGCUACUGCUCGAGAACUUUCUCGUACACAUAUUCCUAUACCUGACGUUCAAGUGGAGAAUGCUUUGGAUGGUCCUGGAGAUGUUGCAAAAGGAGAAAGUAAGGACUUGAAGUCAAUCUGUGAAAGUGAUGAAGACAAAAAAUGGAAUGAAGAACAAAUUGUCCGAAAAAUGCAUCAUGGAAGUGAUUUUCCUUGCCAUUCAGUUGGCCAUUCUCAUGCUAGAUUAACGGAUUCUGUGUCAAUAAGUGAUGACGACUUAAAGUGGAAAUCAGAGCAGUGUUAUACUGUAUAUUGCCAUAAUUGUUGUGGUACAACAAUUCGUGAAGUUCGAUCCUUGUACAUUAAUGAAAAGCCUGAAUACUUGCAUCCAACACAACUGACUUGGCAUUGUGAUAAAUGUGGCAAUCUGAACAUCGAUUCUGAUACAGAUUUAAAAGAUACCAUUUGUAGCAACUGCAAUUCUCGGAUUUCUCAUAAAAAUAGCACAAGCAGUCUAAGUACUUGCGAAUUACACAAAGAUGAUAAUUAUGAUCCGAAACAUGCUGUAGAAGGAGACCAUUUACACCUUGCAAGGCAAAUUGGAGAUCUCAACACUGCAAAGUUACAAGAAAUAGAUCAGUUAAGCGAUCGAAGUCUAUCAGGAAAUAGUUCAGUUAGUGAACGUUCUAUCGAUAGUGCUGUAUUACUAACGACUACUGCAGAAAUCGGAGAACCAAACAUUGCACAUUACAAAAGCUCAUGGUCUGACGUCUUCUCGGAUAAAACAGAUGACUAUAAUCAAGUGGCAUGCGAUGAAAGCCUGAAUGAAUUUACUGGAAAAAGUGUAAAAGAUACAAUUACUCAAAGUCUGAAUGAUCAUGUCGAUCCAAAAGCCUACGUAAUAGCACGACCGAUUAGUUACAGCGAAGUGAAAUUUGUAUCGUCUGUAGAACCAGGAUCAAUAAAGAGCUCAAAUUCUUCCACGGAUUCAUCUUUAAUUACAGGAUCAGCUGGACUCAGUAGCAGCCAGAAAUCACAAAUUGUCAGUGCAGAAGCUAAGACAUUGGAACGUGGCAGCACAAACACUUUAUUACAGAAUCUUUCAACGAGUAUUAUGUCUAAAGGUAAUUUGAAUAUUGACAACAAUGCACAGCAAAAUCAAAAUGAAUCUUCGGACGACAGCGAUAUGGUAUCCAUGAAAGAGAUGAAACCCUUUAGAGCACAAUUCUUUAUAUCCAACGAAUCUCCUUCGCCACCCAGUUCUUCUAAGGUUAUCAAAACAUCGCCGGAUUAUUAUAAUCCAACUAAGAAGCUUCCUUCUGCAAAAUCUGGCGGAGAGGAAAAAGAUAUAAUAAAUCAGCAUCUCCAAAUUUCUUCAUCUUCACAAUGCAACUUAUCACGUACAUCACUGAAUACAGCAUCAACUAAUUCAGUAUCAGAGUUUUUUAUGCAAAGCAUACAUUCUGCAGCACAUUCAACAUCAAAUGGAACAUCUUAUACUGGUGAUAUUACCAUGGAUUCUCAUCCUUUAACGAACGGUUCAGAAGCAUCACUAUUGGGACGAAAUGAAUGGAGUAGACAAGCAGCUAAUAUCACUUCAUCACAAGCAGUAAACAGUGCUGAAUCAAUACCACUAGAUAAAAAUCUUGAUACGGCACGGAUCGAGAAACAUGUUACUUGGAACAUAAAAUCGACAAGCUAUUCCGAUACGCAUUCAUCUCUCUCAGAAUCCCAUUCUAAAAUUAAAUCGAAACACUACUGGUAUCGCACGACAUCGUUUCCAAUUCCAAGAACAUCUCGAUAUAAUCGCUUCCGAUAUAGUGAUGCUUCUUAUAAGCAGUAUCGCCAAUGUCUGAAAGAAGCAAUUACUAGACAGAUUAUGAAGGAAUGUUCUGAAAAUGAGCAUUGUACGGAAGAAAGCUUAUCAAAUAACAAGGGUUCAGCAGUGCAUUUUGAUCCUUUGCUAUCUCCAAAGGAGCGAGUGAAAUUGGAAUCAUCUGCAGAAAAUGAUUCACAAAAUUUUCACGAACAGAUUAAAAAACAAAAUGGAGAUACAACGUUUGAGCAUAGUACGCCUCAAGUCACUACUCCACAGGACUGGGAACGAUCAUUUGCAACUAAUCUUCCUAUUAAGACUACACGCUUUAAUUGCUUUAAGGCAGAAUCCUCAAAAGGUUCCGCAGUACAGCAAGAUGCAGAAUCAUCAAAACAGUGCACAAAAACAGAGAUGUCAGCAAACCAAACAUCCGAUUUUCUUGCAUGGCAAAAGUCAUUUUUCAAUUCUUUGCAAAAAAUUUCACGUUUGGAACGUUUUCCCGAGUCACAAGAAGACAAAUCUAGUGUAGUAUCAUCUUUUACAAUUUCUCAGUCAUUAGAGAAUAUGAAUCUAGACUUGAAACAACAGAGAAAUGAAGAUUUGGCCUUAGAAUCACAAGUAACAGUGGAUGGGGCAAUCAAGAAACAGACAAUUUUGCAACCAUCGACAAAACUUUCACAUCAUUUGCCAUCUUCAGUUCUGGAUAGUACCCCUUUGUCCUUUCCCGCUCAAACAAAAAGCUCUCGUUUUGAACGGUUUCGCGACAAAACUUCAAAUAUCGAACACUCAGUACCGUCGAUUCUAUCAGAUUCUUGUAAUGCUAGUGCAAGGAUAGAUGAAGAAUUUUAUUGGAAAGUAGAGAAAGCAAUACCACAACCUAAAGUUUCUCGCAAGAUUCGAUUUUUGACUACUGAUGCUUUUCAAAAACCACUAACUGCACAAAAUAUUAGCAGUUUGUCAACAGAUCUAAGUAAGAUUGAUACGCAAUCGUUAUUUGCGCUAUCCACUCAUGACAAAGAAUCAGGAUCAACUGCCGUCCUUCCAGCGAUUGAUUUUCAAUCUUCAGACCAUUACACAGUAAAUCAAGAAUCACAUGCAGUACAACAGCAUGGAAAGGAUUCAGGCUCUGAGUACGUACAAGUCGAUCAUCCUUCCAUGGAUCAGGCCUUGGAUAUAUCAAUACAAUUUGAGAAGCAGAAUUUUUUUUAA